AUGGCAACCGACAAGCAGCUGAGUAUGGCAGCGAGCGCCAUAGCGUUGCGUGGCGUCCGUCUUUUCCUAAGUGCUGGACGCAACGCCAUGGAGCGUCGAGCCCAGCCGGCCGCAGAACCGGCCAAGCACAGACCCAAGCCGAAGCCCGUGGUCCCAGGGGCCAGGCCUCCGCAGAAGGUCUUUGAUAUGCUGGCUAGGACUUCUAAAUUUAACAAGCAUGAACUGGAGGCUCUGUACGCGAUGUACCGGCGGCUGGUGACGGCCGCCCAGGGGAUCUUGCCGCCCACCGCCAUAGGACAACCGCCCGCGAAAGUCGAUGGUAUAGACCAAGGCACUUUCCGCGAUGUGAUGCACAACACCUUCGACAUGAUCACGGAGGAGGCCAUCUUGGAAAGAAUAUGGAUCACAUGGGACCGCGGGGCGAGUGGUGGGGAGGGCGCCCUGAAGUUUGAAGCGUGGGUGCGCGGGCUGAGCGUACUACUAAGAGGGACUGAGGAGGAGCGGAGGAACCACUGCUUCGCUGUGUACGACCUGAAUGCUGAUGGAUAUAUUACCAGGGAUGAGAUGUUCGUGCUGCUGAAGAACUCCCUCCUCAAACAGCCAGGAGACGAAGAUCCCGACGAAGGUGUACGGGAUCUGGUUGAGCUGGUCCUCAGGAAGAUGGACGUCGACAAGGACGGACGAGUAUCUCCUGAAGACUACAAAGAUGCUGUAGAACAAGAACCAUUGUUGUUAGAAGCAUUCGGCCAGUGUCUUCCAUCCAGGCGUCACGCCCUUGCUUUCCUGAAAACUUUGAAUCCUAAGCCCAAGGACUUACGGUCCUGAAUAAGAUAAUCUAAAGUUUUAAUUGAAGUCGGUGAAACGUC